AUGUCACCGAAGAAAGCGGCGGUGACGACGACCAACUCAACGACUGACCUGUUGCGCAUGUUCCACGCACAACCCAACCACCACGUGGUCACCAGAAAAGACUUGGCCAUUGAUUAUAACAAAAUUUCUCCGAAUGUGGCCGAAAACGCGAAAGUCGACGAGAACGACGAUGACGACGACGUUGUCGCCACCACUUCCGGAAAAUUCGAAAACGCCGGGCCUAUCACCAUCAAUAAUUAUUACACGUGGAACUCUCACAGGACAAACAAAUCGUUUCACAAGUACGCUAUGACUGGGUUAUCUAGGAUUUAUCAAUUGGAAGGGGUUUAGGGAGAUAUCGGGGGGUUAGAGGUCAAUAACCUUCUUAACCCCUUACCUAUAGCUAAAAAAAGCGACGUUACACCAUCCCUGGUUACGCCUUCGUACGCAAGUAUUUGUAACAUGCCUUUGGUUUUUGUUUUUUUUUCUAAGGCCGUUGAAAAUAUUUUUAUUAUUUGUCCGUCGUUCGGCGUCGACCGAAAACGCGACAAGUUUGUUUUUAGAGAGUUCUCGCGUCCGUUAUUCUGAUAGCAACUAUUUGCUACAAUAAUAUCCGAAAUCCCCGCAGCUGAUAAUAGAAAUCUGCGUUGUUACUAUUACAAUGUUACGGGUUUGUUUACAAUAGAGGCCGCGUUGUUCGAUUUAAGUGUUAUCGCGGUCGGCGAUUUAGGGAUAACGACGGGGGCAGUAGAAAAAUCGCGGGACGACAUGGCCGCCAUCACCGUAUUAUAUUAAUAAAAUAAUUGUGAACCCGAACCCGAGACUGCGAUUCGAAUAGAAUUCCCCGUGACCGUUAAGAAGUCGCCCUUGCAAUCUUUGUUCGACAUCUGUCUCGAAAUCUCGUAGCGUCCGGUUAUUAUAACAAUAAUAUAUGUUGUCCAUCACUAUAAUAUAUUAUUACAUGUCGUUUAGAUUCUGCAAUACAGAACGAUUAGUUUUACGAUAAUGGCUCUUUUUUGGCGGGAGGGCUGACGCGGUAGAAAAAAUGUACCGAAGACCUCGCGUAAUACACAAUAUAAUAAAUAGCGUAUACAAUAAAGAGAAAUCGAACACAAAUACUGUGAAGGGUUUCUUUUUCGAUUUCCUCGUUGUGUACAUACGCUACGAGAGAAAAUACAAUUUUGGCGGCGCCGGCCGAAGAAAUUAUUAUUAUUAUUAUUAUUAGGAGUAGUACUGCUUAUUGUUUCGCCGAUCGUUAUUGAAAAUACUAUCGCGGCAUGUAGACAAUAAUAAAAAAAAAAAAAAAAAACGGUUCGUCUUUGUGUUUGUGACAUGUAUACUGUUACGACCGUUAUUAAGAGGACGCUGCACACACAUCAUCAUUUGCACUCGUUUCGGUUUCGCAAACAUAUAGGAAAUUCAUGUUCGGCAGAACCGAGCCAAUUGAUCUGCUGUCAUACUAAUUAGGUCAUAUCCACAUGGAUCUACUUGAGGAGGAAAACCGGACCGCAAGUUUGUCGUCGUUCUGUAAUCGCGGUUACUAACGCAUUGUCGACUCCGACGUGCACACGAGGCAUACUCAAAAAUGAUCGAAUUCGGUAAAAUUCAUGAGGUCAUGGAAGCGCACGAUCGUUAUUGUCGUAGUCGUUUCGCGAAACCAACAUAGUUUUUGAUUGUUAUUCCAGCCAUCAAGAAAUGAUGGUUCAGCAUACUUUACUAUUAUUACAGAAAUAUAUAAGACGUAAGAUAAACCAUAAAAUUAGUUUUUCCGAACGUGAAUUUGCUAUGCCGCGCGUUCGUAUCUAUAGUAGAUUGAGACCACACAAAUGCGCUUGGCGUCCUUUUGAACGAUAACUGCAGAUAACUUCACAACCAGUUUUAGCCACCACCAUCAGUUUCUUUUAAUUUUCUCGGAUGUCGAUGCUUAUUCCCUCCCGAUCCGUUACUUCCAAUCUUAAGGUCUUUCCGUAUUCCAUCCAUACAAUGUUUCUGAGGCCUUUUUCUAAGUUCUGGCCGCCAUUCAAUUACUACUCUGAUUUUUGUUUGCUGUUUUUCUUUUUUUUUGUGUAUCUAAACAACUGAAAUCAUAGUCCCUUCACGUAGCUAUUGUUGUUAAGGGCACUCUUGUCAUUUCUCUUAUUGCUCCUAAAUUUUUCUUUUUUGUCAGCGAUUUAACUCAUUAUCAAACACGGGUCCACAUAUAAAGUUCAUGACACAUUAUUUUGAAAGGUACUUAGUUUUUGUUCAAUUUCCGACUGUCAAGAGUCAAACUUUGCACCCGUAAGUUUCGUUAUCGGUCUUAAACUAUGAUUUAAAGUACUAAUCAAUACGAAGUAUCGGUGGCGUAUUUAGGAUUUUGCCAAGGAGGGAGAUAUUAAAUUUUGAAAUAUUUUGUUGCAUAUACUCGUAUUGUAUAGAUGUGUAUAGGGUACGGGUGUACGCGAUUGUGACACCUAGACUAAAACAAAAAAAAAUAUCUAAUUUUAAAAUUUUAUAUUUUUUUUGUGAGUGUUUUAUAAACUCAAUCUGCCGUAACAUGAAAAUAUUAUUAUAAUUCUUAAAAAAAAUGCCAAGGAGGCAGAUAUAUCGUCUUGAUCUCCCCUCUUAAAUACGCCACUGCGAAGUAUGCCAUUUUCCUUCGAAUUAACGCAACCGCUUAUUGCGUUAUUGUUACACUCGUAGUUGUUCCCGGUAUUUGAAAAUUGACGCUGUCAAAUAAUUUAAAUGACGAGUUUUUUCAUCCGCUUAAUAUUGUUCUCACUUUGAUAGCGGCGCGGAAUAAUAACGAAUAGAAAUAUUGUUUGGUAAUAUUCCUGUUCAUUAGGGAGAGAGCGGAAUUAUUAUCAACGUUGCAUUUGUCGUCCAUAUCGUUCUCGCCGACGCCGUCUCGGUCGCAGUCGCAGUCGCCACCGGCGCAGUCGUCCAAGAGCUUCACGCGGUCACACCGGGUCCGGGACAUUGUGCACAUGUGUUCGGACGGACGGAUCUUUUCGACGGACGACUAUCACAACAACGAGACGGCCGCCGGAGCGGACGGCUGGCACUCGACGCGGGCCGCGAACCACGGCCACGGCGUCGUGAACCAAAGCAACGGUAUCGCGGAAAACAGCGGCCGCGGACCAAUUUUCAAGCGAACUUCAGGCUGUUGGUCGUGCACGGCCACCCGUGGCAGCAACUGUGAACCGCUUUCCGUGAACCGCCUAAACGACGGCAACGGACAGACGACAACGUCAGACGACGGGGUCCGGGCAGCGGCGUCGGUGGCAGCGGGCCAGCGGCGCGGGAAAUCGCGACCCGCAAAGGUGUCCGGGUGGAAUCGGACGUUGAGCCGCAUUUUCCGAAAGAAACCCGGCUGA